AUGUUCCGCUUGUUGCUGCUGUGGAUCACUGUGGGGCUGGUGGCAGCUCUUGAUGAGCGGGAAUUCGAUCCGCAGGUGGCACCGCCUCAAGGUUCAGUUCCAAAACCCUAUCAGCUGUGGCGAAGUUUUGCGAGUCAGGUGCGGCUUGUCUUCAGUCGCUUUCAACCGAAAACACCCACUCCGCCCACUGUUAAGACCAGGACGGGCAUAACCACCACUACUUCCGAGCCUGAACUGCAGUUCUAUGGAGCUCUGAAUCCCAUUUACCAAACAGGAAACUUUUAA